AUGGCCUUGUUUCAAACAAUCAAGACACCAGUUCUUACGUAUGAACAGCCUUUAGGCCUGUUCAUCAAUGGCGAAUUCGUCAAAGGAGUCGAAGGGAAAACAUUCGAGACAAUCAAUCCUCAUAAUGAAAAGCCUAUUGUUGCAGUGCACGAGGGUACUGAAGUGGACGUCGACAGAGCCGUGAAGUUCGCUCGCACGGCUCUGGAUGGCGAGUGGAAGCAUGUCACCCCAUCUGAACGUGGUCGCCUUCUCAGCCGCCUCGCGGACUUUCUCGAACGCGAUAUCGAAAUAGUGGCUGCGAUCGAAGCUCUUGAUAAUGGUAAAGGAGUUACCAUGGCAAAGGGAGAUGUCACAGCAUCGGCGGGAUGUAUUCGCUAUUAUGGGGGCUGGGCCGACAAAAUAUAUGGUCAAACUAUUGAUACUGAUACCAAUAGUUUGACCUAUACCCGUCAUGAACCAGUGGGUGUUUGUGGUCAGAUUAUUCCAUGGAACUUUCCACUGUUGAUGUUUGCAUGGAAAAUCGGCCCUGCCCUUGCCACUGGAAAUACCGUCGUUUUGAAGACUGCGGAACAAACACCUCUAUCGGCACUUUACGUGGCUUCUCUGAUUAAGGAAGCUGGCUUUCCUGCCGGUGUUGUGAACGUUAUUUCAGGAUUCGGGAGAACAGCGGGAGCAGCGAUCGCUGCUCAUAUGGGAAUCGACAAAGUUGCUUUUACCGGAUCAACUUUGGUCGGUCGCCAAAUCCUGCGAGAGGCUGCGAAUAGCAAUUUGAAGAAGGUGACCCUGGAAUUAGGGGGUAAAUCUCCAAAUAUCAUCCUGCCUGAUGCCAAUCUUGAAGAUGCAAUUGGUUGGGUGAAUUUAGGAAUAUUCUUCAAUCAUGGACAGUGUUGCUGUGCAGGUUCUCGAAUCCUUGUUCACGAAUCUAUCUAUGAUCAGUUUCUGGAGCUUUUCAAGAAACGAGCAGAGCAAAACAAAGUCGGUGAUCCAUUUCUCCCCGAGACUUUCCAAGGCCCUCAGGUGUCCCAAAUACAAUACGACAGAGUCAUGGGCUAUAUUGAAGAUGGAAAACGUUCCGGAGCAACAGUCAUCACAGGAGGUAAACGGCAUGGGAAUGAGGGAUACUACAUCCAGCCUACGAUUUUCGCCGAUGUCGAUGAGAACAUGACGAUUGUUAAAGAAGAGAUAUUCGGACCCGUUUGCACUGUACAGAAGGUCCGAGAUGAGGAGGAAGCCAUUCGGGUGGCCAAUGAGACAAACUACGGUCUUGCGGCAGCUGUUCACACCACAAAUAUAAACACCGCAAUUCGAGUCUCGAAUGCCAUUAAAGCAGGAACUGUUUGGGUGAAUAACUAUAACACUCUUCACUAUCAAAUGCCAUUUGGUGGCUUCAAGGAAUCCGGAAUCGGUCGAGAGCUAGGAUCAUAUGCUCUUGAGAAUUAUACAGAAGUCAAGACAGUUCGUGUACAUCUUUCUAAAUAG